AUGUCGGACCCCAAAGAUCUCCAUUUUGACACCCUGCAGCUGCACGCUGGUCACGAGCCUGACUCGACGACCAACUCCCGCGCCGUCCCAAUCUACGCUACCAGCUCCUACGUCUUCAAUGACUCCGCUCACGGCGCGAGGCUCUUCGGCCUCAAGGAGUUCGGAAACAUCUACAGCCGAAUCAUGAACCCCACCGUCGAUGUCUUCGAGAAGCGAAUUGCUGCCCUGGAAGGUGGUGUCGCUGCCGUUGCUGCCUCCUCCGGCCAGUCGGCUCAAUUCAUGGCUAUCGCCGCCCUGGCUCACGCUGGAGACAACAUCGUCUCCACUACCAACCUCUACGGUGGAACUUACAAUCAGUUCAAGGUUAUGCUUCCCCGUCUGGGGAUCAACACCAAGUUCGUCCAGGGUGACAAGCCCGAGGAUAUUGCUGCUGCCAUUGAUGACCGCACCAAGGCGGUUUACCUUGAGUCCAUUGGUAACCCCCGCUACAAUGUGCCUGAUUUUGAGGCCAUUGCCAAGAUUGCCCAUGAGAAGGGUGUUCCCGUCGUGGUUGACAACACGUUUGGCGCAGGCGGUUUCUUCAUCCGACCCAUUGACCACGGUGCCGACAUCGUUGUACACAGUGCCACCAAGUGGAUUGGCGGCCACGGUACCACUGUUGGCGGUGUUGUAGUGGACAGCGGAAAGUUCGACUGGGGAAAGAACGGUGCUCGUUUCCCGCAGUUCAUCGAGCCCUCAGAGGGUUACCACGGGCUGAAGUUCUGGGAGACUUUCGGUUCCAUUGCUUUCGCCAUCCGCGUGCGCGUGGAGAUCCUCCGUGACCUCGGUUCUGCUCUGAACCCUUUCGCGGCCCAGCAGCUGAUCCUCGGUCUUGAGACUCUGAGUCUGCGUUGCGAGCGUCAUGCAAGCAAUGCUAUCGCUCUCGCGAAGUGGUUGCAGAAGAAUGAGAAUGUCAGCUGGGUGUCUUACCCCGGGCUGGAGGAUCACCCCAGCCACGACCUUGCGAAGAGGUAUCUUAAGCGCGGCUUUGGUGGUGUGCUCUCUGUUGGUGUCAAGGGCGGUGCUGCUGCUGGUGCUCAGGUGGUUGACAACUUCAAGUUGAUUUCUAACCUUGCCAAUGUUGGUGAUUCCAAGACACUGGCUAUCCACCCUUGGUCCACAACCCACGAACAGCUCACAGACAAGGAGCGUGAGGACUCUGGUGUCACCGAAGAUGGAAUCCGCAUCUCGGUCGGCACUGAGCACAUUGACGACAUAAUUGCGGACUUCGAGCAGUCGUUCCGGGCUUCUAAGGCUGUGCCUGACCGCACUGCUUAA